AUGCGUUUGUCUUUUCUAUUUUUUCUUGAGACUCAAGCUGGGGGCAUUCUUCCUCAAGAGUCCAAACUCGACUUUCGAAAAAGGAUCAAAAGCGACUCUUCCACGUCGAGAAAAGAGCCUUACGGCGGGUGGCGAAGCUUUUCAAGAGCUUCGAAUCGAAAAGACAGCCAAGCUCUUUGUGAGAUUCGAGGAACAGGGCAAUCUGAACAAUGCUGCGACAACAUCAACAUCGAGUGUUUAGGAUGCAACCCAAGCUUGCUUCAGAUUGGAAUCCCAUGUGAUCAACAGACAUCCGAAUCAGAGCAAGAACUUAAAAGAGAUUGUUUCUGUGACUCCUCUUGCAUCAUUUUUGAUGACUGCUGCAAGGAUCAUAUUCAAAUCUGCGACCAUUUGUACGAUCCAACUCAGCCGCCAACAACAACUCCCAAAACAACCACAACAUCCACCACAACCACAACUACAACAACGACAACUACGACAACUACCACUUCUACAACCACAACCUCAACAACAACAUCAACUACAACUACAACGACAACAACAACUACAACAACAUCUACUACAACCAGUACAUCAACGACAACGACAACUUCAACAACAACUACAACAGUCCCUCCAACAACAACAACAAAAGCAAAGUCUGGCGAGUCUUGGAUCUUUCGCCGUCUCUUCAAAAACUUCCAGGGGCACCUCGAAGAUCGCUGGAUGGAAGAAUUCAAGCUUCCAAAUAUGCAAAGAAAGUACAACAAAGCGCACACUUACUUCCUCAACGCAGAGCAUAAUUGCCGUCUUGAUCUUGCUCCCUUCCCAGGUGAUGCUAACAAAGGAGAAGUGACGACUUACGAUCAUUUCUUCAAUUUUAUCGAGGAUGAAAACAACGAUUAUGGUGAUCGGAUGAGAAAGCUCAAUGUCGCCUUUGACACUUAUCUCGAAGAAUAUUACUACAAACGCGAGACAACAUCUGAGAUUCAAGGCUGCGAUGGAAAGCAUAAAAAUGUCAACCAAAAGAAAGGCAAACAAUAUCGUCUGAGACGACUGACGCGAAAAAUUGAAAAGCCGAUAAGGAAAAUUCUCAGAAGAAAGAAGCAACUUGAAAAGAGAAAGAAUCAAAGAGACUAA